AUGUACAAGUCUUCUCUUCCGGUCAUCUUCAGCAUCGUAGCCGGACUAAUCUUUUCUGUGCCUUGCGCCGCCGUCAGUCCACAAGCACGGUGGACCAUCGGACAAACAGUUCAGACCUCCAGCGGGCCCGUCCGAGGACAUGCCGCUCCUCAUGCUAGCAAUGUGUCGGAGUAUCUAGCCAUUCCGUACGCCUUGCCGCCAGUGGGCAACCUGCGAUUCCAGCCUCCUGUCAGGUAUCGGGGGAACACCACAAUUAGUGGCGAGACCUUUGGUCCCGCAUGCAUUUCUUCGAAUCUGACAGCAUACGACGACCGACUGCCAGACAAGCUCAUUGAGCAAUACGGCGUCACCAGCGUCGGCCAAAAGUUCUUAGCAGAGAUAGGGCAUCCCAAUGUGACUUUCAGUGAAGAUUGUCUUACCCUGAAUGUCUGGACGAAGCCGCAGACCGGCGAGAAGAAGAAGGCCGUGAUGAUCUGGGUACAUGGAGGGUCCUUCGUCUCCGGAAGUUCGGCAAUUCCAAUGUACAAUGGCCAGUUCUUUGCCGACCAAGAGGACAUUGUCCUUGUUUCUAUCAACUAUCGCCUCAGCUUUUUCGGUUUCCCCGGAAAUUCACCAAGCAGCUUCAACCUAGGUCUCCUGGAUCAACGCUUAGCAGUCGAGUGGGUGAGGGACAAUAUCGCUGCCUUUAGCGGUGACCCAUCUCGAAUCACUCUCUUCGGCGAGUCCGCCGGUGGUACCUCUGUUGACCACUAUUCAUACGCCUGGAAGGACGACCCCAUCGUCCAUGCCCUGAUUGUGCAAUCCGGCAAUGUAGCUCGCAUCGGAGGCCGCACCGCUGAGCAGGCCCGUACGCUCUGGCUCAAUGCUUCGGAGGCUCUCGGCUGCGGAAACCAGAGCACACAUGAUCAACAGAUCUACGACUGCAUGAUCACCAAGCCUGCUGGGGACAUAGCUCGUCACCUUGUCAACACCAUGGCCACGACCGUGAACCUACCUUACAGCCCGGCCGCCGACGACAUCCUCGUCUUCAGUAACUACGCGGAUCGCCCAGCGGCUGCCGUUCCUAUGCUCGUUGGGACCACCGACUUUGAAAACGGCCUGUUCCGCGUCUAUGUGGACGAGCCGUUACCUGACGACGCCUGGAUCCAGCAGAAUCAGGCUCUCUUCAACUGUCCGGUAGCUGCACGAGCCAAUAUCUCUGUUCAGCAGGGCAAUCCGACUUGGAGAUACCGCUAUUUCGGCGAAUUCCCAAAUAUGAUGCUCUCCACAAAGGCGCCUAGCGGAGCAUACCACUCCUCUGAGGUGCCAGUGCUCUUCGACACGGUCGCACAAGACCUCAUUCCCAAUACGGCUGAGGAAGUCGCCAUCGGACGGUAUAUGCGUGGUGCGUGGGCUGCAUUCGCUCGAGAUCCAGUCUCCGGACUAGAGCGAUAUGACGGAUGGCCUCAAUAUGAGGCGGGUGAGGAAACACUCAUCCGGCUGGGAUUCAAUAAUAGGACCGGACCGAACCUGGCAAUGGGCAAUCUCUAUGAUAAGGGGUGUUGA